GGAAGAAUGCCCCUUACAUUGGUGGUCAGUGGGAAGAAUGCUCCUUAUAUUGGUGAUCAGAGGGAAGAAUGCCCCUUACAUUGGUGGUCAGUGGGAAGAAUGCUCCUUACAUUGGAGGUCAGUGGGAAGAAUGCCCCUUACAUUGGAGGUCAGUGGGAAGAAUGCUCCUUACAUUGGAGGUCAGAGGGAAGAAUGUCCCUUACAUUGGAGGUCAGUGGGAAGAAUGCUCCUUACAUUGGAGGUCAGAGGAAAGAACGCUUCUUACAUUCGAGGUCAGAGGGAAUAACGCCCCUUGCAUUGUAGAUCAGAGGGAAGAAUUCCCCUUACGUUGGAGCUCAGAGGGAAGAAUGCCCCUUACAUUGGAGGUCAGAGGGAAGAAUGCCCCUUAUGUUGGAGCUCAGAGGGAAGAAUGUUCCUUACGUUGGAGGUCA